GGUCGCUCAUCCGAGACUCGAAUCUCUUGGGGUCAGAUGUGUGUUCAGUCAAGUUCAACGAUAAAAUCUGACAACGUUGAAUAUUAAACGACCAUCGAGUUCGGAAAGAUCGAGAGGAUAUUUGGCCCCCGGAAGGGAUAAACUAAUUAAACGUCGAUUCAUCGAUCGAACUUCGCCCAUCCCUAGUGACAGCUGAGUUGGGUGAAAGCGAUCACGUCGGCGGCGAGUUGCGACUUAGCCGCAAUUUUGUAACAGGUAUCGCGGAUUUAGAAAAAACUACGCACGUCUGUGCAUCGCGGGGGAGUUUCGUCGAGUUCGCGUCCGGGACCGAUUCCUCUGGCACAAUCGGAGUAGCCGAGAGAACGAGCGAGAGAAUUAAAACAUGGUAGUGCUUAGCAAUUUCCUAACUCCGCAGGAAGGCAUACGCCAUGAGGAGCAGAAUACUACAGUAUACAUCAACGACAGAGAAGUGGGAAAGGGUACUUUCUACAUCACAGAAAGUGUGCUUUCUUGGGUAAACAGUGACACACAACAGGGAUUUUCACUCGAAUAUCCUCAUAUUUCAUUGCAUGCUAUUUCUAGAGACGAACAAGUUCAUCCCAGACAAUGUUUAUAUGUUAUGGUUGAUGGCAAAGUGGAUCUCCCAGACAUGCCAUUACCAUUAUCACCCGACAACGGCUCAGAAAAUGAGGACGAUGAUGGGGACACUCCAAUUACGGAAAUGCGAUUUGCGCCGGAUAAUACAAAUAAUUUAGAAUUAAUGUUUCAAGCGAUGAACGCGUGCCAAGCACUUCACCCUGACCCGCAAGACAGUUUUUCGGACGAGGAUAUUUAUGAGGAUGCUGCAGAAGAUUAUGGCGAAUACAGUGAGGAAGUGGGUGCCGGUGACGCUCCUUAUAUCUUGCCAACAGAGCAAAUGGGGGCCAGUCAUAACGGAUCGGAGGCGGAAGAAGCUAUGGAUGUUGAAGCGGGUCAAUUCGAAGACGCGGAGGAAGAUCCGUAA